UGGCCAAAAUGAUGGUUCUGAUUCUCCUAGAACUCCAAAAUCCAGGCUAGGUAUUCUAGAGAGAAAUUCAAAUGCCUCACUUGAAGACAGUGCAACCUUGCAGAGAACUGUUAACAUGCCUGGUGUUGAAAAAGCUUAUCUUCUGGCUGAUGAUGCAGGCAAAGGCUGCAAUGCAAGCGGGAUUGAGAAAAGGAAAUGCAAAAGAAAGGUCUGCAUUGGGCAUGAUUGGUAUUUCUGCUCGGGAAAGUCAAAGAGGAGAUGAAAUGGCUAACAGCUCUGAUUCUUCCAGAUCACGUCAAGCAAGCCACGAUGAUGAAAGGGCAAAGAUAGCAUCAUCAUCUGCACCACUGUCAUUGUUGCUUAUUCCUUCCUUAACAGAGGCCCUUGCUGAUGAGUCGAAAGGGUUAGUUGUGCGUGCAGUUACAAAUUCUCUUGUGAAUAUGGAGAAUAAAAACCCUGGAUCUAGUGAACCUCUUGUUUGCAAGUUGCUUGAGAGAUUGGCAAGGUUAGAAACUUUUCAGUAGCCCAAAAAAGAAAGAAUUCAUUCACUU